AUGCUGUGGCUGCUCCUGACCAUUGUCUGGGCACUGGCGAAUGCUGUAUUAGGCAUGGGACAACAUGCUCGGAUGGUCAAACAUCACGAGAAAUAUAGUGCACAGGUGUCAUCGGACGUGGUGUCUUCGUUAAAGCCCACGACAACUAAGAAGCUGGGCGCGCGAUCGGUGCCGCAAUCUACACUUUCACCUACUUCCCUCUUCAUUCCAUCUCUACCAGGGGAUGAAAGUGCCAACGAUCCAACAUCCGUUUACUAUUACGGCGAGGGGUUCAUUUCUUAUACGUCUGUGUAUGCGCUCAUCACUGGCAGGCCUAGUAAGGAUGGCGGGCUGAAAACGAAUUAUAUGUACCAAGGUCCCACAGAAAUCAAGAUCCCACACGUCAUGCGCACAGCCGUCGUGGGUGAUAAGACGCUUUCAGGCUUGUUUGAUGUCGACUGCAGUGUCAAGACUGGAAAGAAGAGUGGCUGGCAGUGUCAAUAUGGAUACGAAACGUCAGGCGCCACGUCGUCAUACAGUGUUGUGCCCACGAAUACCCAGCCCAAUACAUUUAUCACACCUAUCGUUGGAAAACUUGAUCAAGCGCAGAAACAGUCUGCGGAUGGCAUCUCGGAUGUUCCCUCGUUCUCAGAUGGCAAAGUUGUGCAUGUCCACCCAUCGAAUCGCGCCCAAAGGCUCACGUCUAUAUUCUCGACAUUGCCAUCGUCUUUCACCAUUCCUUGUGUCUUGUUUAGUGCUGCUCUCGUCGCGCUGUGUGCGAUGGUGCUAUAA